AGUAUUUACUUGUCUUAUUUUCUCUAGCAGUGGCAACUGUUCACAAUGAGACUCAUCGAAAUGUUUGUAAGCAAAUGAAUAGCUACAAUACGAUUAAUAAAAAGCAACCGCGUGAGGAUUGUUAUUUCAAUCCCAACGUUGGAUCAAAUACGAUGUUUGUUAUUCAAAGAGAAAAAUUCCAAGUAGAAUCGUACACUGUUACAAGUGAAGAUGGUUACAUCACUACUUUAUACAGAAUACCGAAUAAUACCGGUAAACCGGUGUUCAUCCAGCACGGAGCCGUGUCCAGCUCGGAAUUUUUCGUCACGCAAGGAAAUAAUUCCUUAGCAUUCCAGUUGCAUAAUCGAGGUUACGACGUAUGGCUGGGAAACAAUCGCGGAAGUUUCAACUCUCCGGAACAUCAGUAUUUGCCUAGAAAUUCGGAAGAAUAUUGGAAUUACACAUUGGAUGAUUUGGGUAAUUAUGAGUUACCCGCGGUGAUCGAUUUCAUUGUAAAAAAAACUGGAAAGAAAGAGAAGAUUAUAUACGUGGGACAUUCCCAAGGAACAACUAUAGGCAUGAUCUACGACUUGCUCCAUCCGAAGCAUGCUAAAAACAACCUUGAGGGAUUUAUCUUUUUAGGUCCUGUAGCGUUCACCUCUAAUCUUGGUAUACCAUUUAUAAAAGCAUUUUUUGCUCUAGCGAAACUAGUAGCUGCUGUUGGUGUUAAACAUUUAGGAAGUAGAAAUGAAUUUCUCACCAAAUUCUGUACGACGAAUGAGUUUAAAUUGAAGGCAUGUAAAGAAUUGAUUGAUGUGGGUUUCGGAAAAAGUAACCAAUAUCCGCCGGACCAAUUACCUACAUUAAUUAGCUAUUCCCUAAUGGGGGAAUCAAUAAAACCGAUUCUUCAGUACGUUCAGAUGGGAAAUUCCAAUAAUUUCGAAGCAUUCGAUUACGAAACACGUGGAAAUUUGAUUAUGUAUAAUAGCACCAAACCAAGACAAUACCACCUAAACAAUAUUAAUUUACCAGUUCACUUAUUUGGUGGGUUAAACGACAACUUGGCGCCUGUACAAAAUGUUAUAAAAUUAUCUAAGCAUCUUGGACUGUGUUGCAAGCAGCUGCAUUUCUCAGGUAACAUAGAGGACAAGAUUUGGUUCAACCACGUGAAUUUCCUAUACGGAAAGGAUAAUACCAAAUUAUAUAACGAUAUAUUUAAAGCAAUGGAGUCUCUGAAAAAUGAGAAUUGCUAGAAAUUAUAAUAUUGUAAAAACAGGUAUAUAUAAAUCAACGGUUUGCUGUAAUUAAAUAUUAAUUAACUA